AUGACUCUGGGGUUUGAGAUCUAUACAGCACAUUACUUAGGUACUGAUCUGUUAGAGGAUCCUCUCAUCUGGCUGUCUGGGAAAAAUAAAAACAGCACCAAUUACACCUGCAGAAGAGACAGCAAAGCUUUAGCAGGACUCACAGGAACCUCAAGCACAUCUGUUCCAAUCGGGACACUGCUGGACCUCUACCAACUUCCACAGUUCACUUAUGGGGAUUUUGAUCCUCUCCUGAGUGAUCAUGGAAAGUUUGGGACUGUCUAUCAGAUGGCAGCCAAAGACUCAGAUCUAGCCCUGGCCAUGGUCUCUUUGAUGCUUCAUUUCGGCUGGACCUGGGUGGGACUGUUCAUCACUGAAGACAACUAUGGUGUGUGGUUCCUCUCAGAAUUGAGAGAAGAGAUGGGCAACAGUAGAGUCUGUUUUGCCUUUGAGAACAUGAUCCCUUACAAUGCCUUUACAGAUUACUCAGAUGAUCUAUCCACAUAUUGCCAGCUAAUGGACUCAUCAACCAAUGUGAUUAUCUUUUAUGGGGACAGUAAAUUUCUACUAAGCUUUAUUGUUAAAUUUGGGCACAUUUUAAUUACAAGGAAAGUGUGGGUCAUGAACUCACCCUAUGAUGACAUCACCAUUGGUACCUUGUCAAAUAACUUAGGAAAUAAUUCCCUCCUUAGGUCAUGGAUUCAGUCUGUUUAUAGCCUACUGAUUAAGUCUGACUGCAGAGACUUGGGGCACUGCUCAUACAAUGGCACACUCCAUUGGUUGCUGAGGUAUAUUUUUGACAUGACCAUGUCAGAAGAGAAUUACAACAUCUAUAAUGCUGUGUGUGCCUUGGCCCACGCCCUCCACCAGAUGUUUCUUUGUCACAUGGAGGAGCCACUAGGGCACAAUGGUCAAUCAAGGGCAUUUCUCUCUUCACAGAAGAUCCAAUUUACCAAUCCUGUUGGAGACCAAGUGGUUUUGAAUGAGGAAAGGAAAUUGGAGGCAGAAUAUGACAUUAAGAGCUUUUGGAAUUUUCCAGAAGGUCUGGGACAAAGGGUGAAAGUUGGCGAGUUUUCUCCAUCUAGGCCAUAUGGUCAACAACUGAUUUUGUUUGAAAAUCUGAUAGAGUGGCCCAUAGGAAUUACCAAGACUCCUCAGUCUGUCUGCACUGAGAACUGUGGUUCUGGAUACAGGAAGGCCUCUGUGGAAGGAAAUGCUACCUGUUGCUUUGACUGCAUUCUUUGUCCAGAGAAUGAGAUUUCUAAUGCAGACAGUGAUUCUCACUCCUCAUCAGACAUGGAGCAGUGUGUCAGGUGUGCAGAUCAUCAAUUUGCCAACACCCAGAGAAACCACUGCCUCAUGAAAACUGAGGGCUUCCUGGCUUAUGAAGACUCCUUGGGCCUGUCCCUGGUCUGCAUGGCUCUCUGCUGCUCUGCACUAACAGCUUCUGUUCUUGGGGGGUUUAUCAAGCACCAAGACACCCCUAUUGUCAAGGCCAAUAACCAGGCACUCAGCUACAUCCUGCUCAUCUCCCUCACCUGCUGCUUCCUCUGCUCCUUGCUCUUCCUUGGCCGUCCCAACACAGCCACCUGCAUCCUGCAGCACACCACAUUCGCAGUGGUCUUCACCGUGGCUGUCUCCACGGUCCCAGCAAAGAUCAUCACUGUGCUUCUGGCCUUCACACUCACUGAUCCAGGGAGAAGCAUGAGACUGUGGCUGUUGUUCGGGGCUCCUAACCUCAUCAUCACCAUCUGCACUCUCAUCCAAGUGACUCUCUGUGGUCUCUGGCUGGGAAUCUCUCCUCCUUUUGUGGACAUAGAUGCACACUCUGAACAUGGCCACAUCAUCAUCCUGUGCAACAUGAGCUCUCUCACCGCUUUCUUCUCUGUCCUGGGAUACCUGGGUGCCCUGGCCCUGGCCAGCUUCACUGUGGCUUUUCUGGUCAGGAACCUGCCUGACACCUUCAAUGAGGCCAAGUUCCUGACCUUCAGCAUGCUGAUGUUCUGCAGUAUGUGGCUCACCUUCCUGCCUGUCUACCAUAGCACCAAGGUGAAGGUCAUGGUGGCCGUGGAGGUCUUCAUCUUGGCCCCCAGUGGAGGCCUCCUGAGCUGCAUCUUUGCCCCCAAGUGUUACAUCGUCUUGAUAAGACCUGAGAGAAAUUCACUGCACAGGUGUAGGGAGAGUACAACUGAAAGAAAUAAAUCUUAA